AUUACAUGUGUGAUACAAAUGAGGGGCCUAUUGAGCGCGUUGUCGCUUCUUGCGUUCACUGUUGCUGCAAAUGCCAUCAAACUAAAGUUCCGCUAUGAGGAGUGUAUGCAGUAUGACCUCAAUAUGUAUGAGCCGUUCUAUGGCAGCUUUGUAGCGCUUCCAGAUUUGUACAGUCUACAAGCGAAGUAUGACCUCAUCAUCACCUCGCCAAGCGGCACGCGAGUGCACGAGACGGUUGGGGAGCCGGAGGCCAAGUUCCACCUGGUGCCGUACGAGACGGGCAAGUACCGCUUCUGCCUGCGGCUGAACCAGGACAAGACGGGCAGCCGCUACGUGCUGUCGCGGGAGGUGCUGUGGGACCUGCAUGUGGGCCACGCCGACACGCACUCCAACACCAACCUCAAAGAACACGACACGCAGUCGCUGUGGCACUACGUGCACCAGGUGGACGCCCAGCUGCAGCAGCUGCGCGCCACACAGCAGUACCUGUACUGGCGCGAGCGGCGGCACCGCAUGACCGUGGAGUCUACGAACAGGCGCGUGCUGGUAUACGCGCUGGUGCGCAACGGCGUGCUAGUGCUGGUCAGCAUGAUGCAGGUCCUCUUCAUCCGCCGGAUGUUCUCCAAGCAGUUCCGCUGACGCGCUAACAUGGAGCACCGGCAGCUUAAAGCUGCUUUAGAUUGUUGUUGUGUGGGAGAGCGAUGUUUGACUGCAUGAGAGCUGCGUCUAUGAUGUACGGGGGUUGCGUGCGCACGGAGGCAGGGCCACAUGGCAGGGCCGGCGUGUUGGCAGCGCGUGAAGUGCGUUUGGAGUCAAACAGUAGGUCUCUGGUACCGUGUCUGCGUUGCAGCGUGACCACUGACCAGCAGGGCGCGCUGGGGCAUGCGCUAUGACUGCGGGACGGCUGGUGGGAAAGCGUUUCACCGGCAUGGAUGGGGCGUCGUCUGGUACGUACAGACGUCCAACGUUUGACAGGUUGCAGGCAAGGGAGGAUGGCUGCUGCGUGCAGGGCUGCAAGUCAUAGACCGUGUUAAGGGCGGCCAGGCUGAUGGAGCUAAGAUGCUGACUCUGAAGUCUAUGUAGCAUGUGCAACUCCUCAGUAAU